AUGGCGAGCUUCUUCAACAGCGUACCAGAUUUCAGAAGUUUGAAUAAUGGUUAUGCAACAGAUGGUGAUCCAGCUAUAAACGAUGAAGUGUAUCGCAUAUUUAUGCUUAAAAUUCUUGACGGCUUCAAUGUUUUCAAAAUAAAAAUGUACAAUGAUCGAAGUUUUAUUUAUCUAACGAGACGAGAUUAUUGGUUGGGACAUCGUUAUUAUUACAUGGAUAAUUACUACUAUCUCCCGACAAGAGAUACAUGCGCUUAUCGGAUGAAUGAAACACAACGAGAAAAAUUGUUCUAUGAAGAGGACAACGAACCAAUCUACGAUAUUAUUUAUCAAUGUCAACGGUACCAGGAAUACUGCUGUGGAUUGAAUUGCUGUAAAAACGAUCAAAUAGGAAGAGUCAAUGUUCCAGGAAAACUUCCCAAGUAUCCGUGGCAAGAUCCAUGGAAUCAUAAUUCAGUGUCAACUUUUACAUUAAUCAAUAUGGCGGUCUUUUCCUGUUGUUUUACAUUUGGAGUGUGCAUCGCAAUUUACGAUAUUAACACAUAUGGAAGUGGAUUGUAUUUGGCACUGGUCUCAAUUGUAACUGUUGUGGUUGUUGUAGCAUUUUGCUUGGUAGGAACCGAAGAUCAGACUGAGCCAACAGUGGCCAAAAAAGUGUGGUCAACGACGCGCCAAACAAUGCGCCGUUUCAAAAAGGAACCAUCGACUCGAAUGCCCGCCGGUGUUGAAAUUCGUAUCGUCAACAUUGAUCUGGAAGCGGAAGGAGCUCGGAGUUGCAGCAUCACGUCAACUGAUGAGCAAAACUCCCAUCUUCACGACGAAUCGAUAUGA